AUGAGUCUGACCCGCUCUAUUGCCAUCAUCCCCGCUCUGCUUAUUGCCGUCUUCCAAGACGUGGAGCAUCUAACAGGGAUGAAUGACUUCCUGAAUGUUCUUCAGAGCUUACAACUUCCUUUUGCUCUCGUAUCCAGCCUCACGUUUAUGAGCUUGCGGCCGGUGAUGAGCACAUUUGCCAAUGGAUUGGUUGGCAAUGCUUCAUUGCACUUGGCAUGUCCUUCCUGGACUCCGGGCGCACACAGUAGCAUCUCUAAAGUCCUGCCGACUGAAGAAGCCACCGGUGGCUAUACCAUGUAA